AUGACUAAAACCAUUGUACCCACCCCCGUGUCCGUAUUAUUGGAAAAGGCAAACUCCAAGCCUGACGAAACCUUCUUGGAUUUCUAUAACGAAAAUGGGAUCCAGAAAUCCUAUUCCCAUCUAGAAAUCCUUCAGCGAACCAACACGAUUGCUAGAUUCUACCAGCAAAACGUGCCUUCGGGAGCUACCGUCGGUGUUUUUAUGAGACAGGAAAUGGAUCUUGUGUGUUCCAUUCUCGCCUUGUGGGCAACCGGACACACAGGUGUCAUAUUCAAUGAAGACUGGGACUCAGAUAUUGCAGCUAUUAUUAGCGAACGCUUGCAGGUAUCUUUCUUGGUUUUUAGCGAUCUUACCGAAAAGUAUCAUCUUCGCGGUGUAAAAUCACUACAUUUAACCACUCUUCAAACGGACCCCAAUGCACCUUGUAUUCAGACAGGAUAUGAGCCAGAAAUCGCAUUGAUUAACCACAGCAGUGGAUCUACCGGUAUCCCCAAAUCAAUUCCCUAUCGCAUGGAAAAGUACGUACCUGCAGCUGACUGGGGUAUAUCAUCGUUGGACCAUCAUCUUAAAACCGCAAUAGUUAUGGCUCCUAACUUUGCUCUUACUACAUUGGUUUGGAUGACUGCUUUAUUAAAUCCAGGUGGUAGUAUCAUGUGUCCCUCUAUGCUUACACGUCCACCCGUUCCAGUUAGCUCUAAAGCCGAGCAACUAGCGUGGAACCUGCACUAUGCCUUAAAAUACGGAUGUGAACGUCUCUGUAUCUUGCCUAAGCUGCUCUUGUUGAUGUUACAAACCACUGUAAAAGAAAACGAAUCAUUCCCUAGUUGUAAGAAGGUUUUGGUUGCCGGUGAAAUGAUCCCUCCAAACUUGCCUGAAUCCUGUCAGCGUGCUUUGCCAAAUGCUAAAUUCGGUGCGGCGUAUGGUUCUACAGAAACUGGAUUUAGUGGAUUUUAUGCCGAACUUAAAGAUAGCAAUUUAACAUACAUUCCCGGUUUAACCAUCAAAGAUUUAAUGCUUUUGAACGAAGACAUGAAGCCCAUUCCUCGCGAAGUUGGAAACAAAGGAUUUGUUUGCGUCAUCACUGAUGCACAAUCUGAACCUUAUGUAGGAGAAGACGAGGAAACGCAAAGUGCGAAUCGAGAGACAUACAUUACAAUUAACAACCAGCCCGCCAUUCGUUUUGCAGACCUCGCGACUUGGGAACAAAAGGAUGGAAAUUGGGGAAUUUCAGUGAAAGGACGUUUGGGCCGUAUUGUAAAGCGGAAUGGUGUCUUCUACGAUUUAAAUCAUCUGGAUAAAAUCGCCAACUCCUUGGAUGCUUUCAAGGAAGCCUUCUCUUUCCUUGUCAAUAACCGAUUUGUUUUAUGCUAUAUCCCCAAAGAAGCCACUCUUACUUCUGACGAAGCACUCAACGUCUUGAAUAAAGCAUUGAAGUCGAGUGUUUGGUUUUCUCAUUGUAUCCCCAUUAAGACAUUAUUGUUUAAUGCUUCAGGUAAAGUUGACUUGAAGGCAUUACAAUCUUAUGUGCAAGAUCGUAUGUUUGAAGAGGACAGCAAAUUACCCAGCCUUACGGAUCAUUUUGCUAUAGAAAUCAGCAAAAUCUCCGCCAGAGUUUUGGGUAACAAAUCAUUGGAAGGAAAGGAAGUUCUGUUUCAAGCACAUGGAUUAGACUCCAUCAAGGCAGUGCAAUUCUCAUCCUUGCUGAAGAAAGAACUGAACUGUGAAAUCUCCGUAACCGUUUUAUUGCAUCCUGAGUGCUCCCCCAACAGUUUGGCUGCUGCUGUGAAAGAGGGAGGUACCAAUAAGUUGUCUGUUUCUGUCAACGAAGUAGAAGCCGAUGCUAUUAAAUUAGCAGGCGAACUAGGCGGCGUCAAGCCAUUGGCACCUAUAAAGGAUUCUUGGGUGUUGUUGACCGGCGCUACUGGAUUCCUUGGAAAGAGAUUGCUGACGCACUUUUUGAAUGGAGGAGAAAAGGUCAUUUGCCUUAUUCGUGGAUUGAACGACGCAGAUGCCGAGAAGAGAAUGUAUGGAAUGUGCCCAAAUUUGCAAAAGUAUGCAAAUUCUUCUUUGAUUGUAUGGGCUUCCGAUUUAAGCGAUGACAACCUGUCCUUGUCGUCUGAAAAAUGGGAAUUUUUGGAGAAGCAUGUUUCCAAGAUCGUCCACAAUGGAGCAAUGGUACAUUGGACCAAGACCUAUUAUGACUUGUGGAAACCCAAUGUGUUGAGUACAAAGAAGUUGCUUGAUUUGAGCAUGGUGGGCCCCAAGAAACUCAUCUUUGUGUCAGGAGGUGCACAACAAGAGUUGAGUAUGGUAGACCGUGCAGCUAAAGGGCAGUCUAUGGGCUACACGCUUUCAAAAUUUGCUGCUGAAACGGUUUGUUACAAAGCCAAAGAAAAUGGAAACCCUGAAAUCUAUACAAUUCUUCCAGGAUUCAUUUUGGCGAACGAUGGAGAAAUCCUUGCACGUGACUUUUUCUGGAGAUUUGUACAAACAUGUGUACGAAUGAAGAAAUGGCCUACUCGGGCUGAUGGUGGUUCUUUGCCCUUGCGUAUUUCGUCGACGGAAGAAAUUGCUCGUUGCAUGCAUGAAGGAAUAGAGCAUCAACAAUACUUCCCUGAAGAUAAGGACGGACGCGUUAUGAGCUAUGAUGGAAUUGACGGAAAUGUAAUGAUUGCAGCAUGCGAAGAGAAACGAGGAAUCAAGUUGCAAAAGGUCCCAUUGUCUGUUUGGUUGCAGCAAGUGGACAAGGACUUGGAAGAAGAGAAGGAAUAUCACCCAUUGUUUGCAUUGAGACAUUUGACAGAGGGAGCCGUCCAAAUAGGCUUACUGGACGAUGGCGCGAGCGGCAUCAAACAGAAGCAUUUCUUGAGCGUUGAUGCUUUCAAGAAUGGACUGGAACAGCUUGAAGUAUAA